AUGGCCGAUGAUACUCUCGACUGCAUAUACUAUUCACCUUACGACAGACUCAAACUCUGCUGUACAAACUGGCGUGUCGAAAAUGCUAGAGCUGUCGUUCUGGUUGUUCAUGGUUAUGGUGAACAUUGUAAACGUUAUAAACAUGUUGCCACCUAUUUCAACCAACAUCAUAUUGCAUUCGUCGGCUUUGACUUUAGAGGACACGGACUGUCAGAUGGUGAGCAAGGUUUUGCUCCGCAUUUAAAUGCACUCUUGGAUGAUCUUGAAGCUAUCGUUGCUAAAGUACGCGAUGAUUUCUACCCGGAUAUUCCUCUCAUCUUGUACGGGCAUGGAACGGGCUCCGUCAUCAUGUUAAGCCAUCUUGUUCGACGUCCUCGACCAGGUCUCGCUUGCGCAGCAUUAGUUGUCUCGACGCCGUCAAUGUGCCUGAACAAGCGUCCGAAACAACGUCAUCUAUUUCUGGCGCGUGCCUUUAGUAAUUUGGCUCCUCAUUUUCGUUUACCAGUCGCCGGCAACUAUAGAAACAUCUACGCUAAUGAUCCCGAUGUUGUUGAAGCUUAUCGUAACGACCCGAAGGUGCAUGAUCGUUGGCCGGCCAGUAGCAUCGCAAUGUAUUUGGAAGUCGGCAAGAUGCUGGAAAAAACGACUGUACAGUUUCCAUGUCCGACACUGAUUCAACACGGUACAGCCGACAAAAUCACGCCGCUCAGUGAUGUGCGGAAGUGGGUUCGGGAUAGAGCACGUGGUGAUGUCAUAUACAAAGAAUGGGUAGAUUAUUUCCAUGAACUUCACAAUGAUCUGGGAAAAGAAGAGCUGUUUGACUAUAUUCGAGCUUGGCUCGAACAGAAAUUACAUAUUUAG